UAUAAGUCCUCUUUCCCAGUUGAUUUCAUGGUUCAGCUCAUGAAAUGCAACUCCAAGAUCAAGAAAUCACAUUUUGUGAUAUUCAGCCUGUUUCUGUCAACAUGCACAUAAGCUCACUUCUCAAUUUUGCAAUGCUACUUCUCUUCCCUUCUCACCUUUCAUGGACUGUUGCUGCCAUAUAUUCCAACACGUCCUUCGCAGAUGGUCCAUAUAUCGCCAAGCCUGGCUGCCCAAGCAAAUGUGGAGAUUUAACUGUUCCAUACCCUUUUGGCAUUGGUAUAAACGCCAAUUGCUCUAUUAACCCCUUCUUUGACAUAAACUGUAAUCCGUCUUUCAACCCUCCAAAGGCAUUUCUUGGAAACCUUGAGGUCCUGGGUAUAUCCGAGACCAAAGUACACAUCAGGAACAACUUGACCUCCCUCUGCGCUGUUCCUGGGUAUAUACUGCAAGGUGCUAAAUUUUACAUGGAUUUGUCAGGCACCCCUUUUAGCUUUUCCAAUCAAAACAAGCUCACAGUCGUUGGAUGCAACCAUGUUUCAUUCAUGUCCAAGUUGGGUACCUACAUUAGCGCCUGCGUGGCAGUUUGCUCCAAACCUCAGGAAUUGAACAAUGGUUCUUGCACUGGAAUUGGCUGUUGCCAGGCCUCCAUACCGAAGGGUCUCCAGUACAUUGAUACCACCAUGAUGUUCAUGAACUAUCCCUCUGGUGAUGAUAACUUUAACCCAUGUGGCUACUCGUUUCUUGCAGAGCAAAACAGCUACAUUUUCAGCGUAUCUGACAUCUCAGAUCCAUCAUUCGUUGACAGAACAAUGGGAACGGUUCCCCUUCUGAUUGAUUGGGAAAUUCCAAGCCGGACUUGCAAUGACAGCAGUGGGAUCAUAUGUGAGGAAGGAAGUGUGUGUGUUGAUCCUGAUACAACUCUAGGAGGGUACCGUUGUAACUGCUCUCAAGGCUACCAGGGAAACCCAUAUCUCAGUCCAGGCUGCCAAGAUAUCAAUGAAUGCGAUUCUAAUCCAUGCGAUCCGAAAGCCAUGUGCAUUAAUACUCCUGGUUCUUUUAUUUGUUCUUGCCCUCCUGAUUAUCAUGGUGAUGGUGCAAAAUACGGCAUCGGUUGCGUUUAUCUGGGACCUCCAGAGAAAACUGCGGUUUAUGCAGGUUUACUCGUAGGCUGUGGAUUAUUUAUACUACUGGCAGUUAGCUUAUGGUUGUACAAAUUACUGAGGAAGACAAGAGCGAAACAGCUCAAACAGAGUAUUUUCAAACGAAACGGAGGUCUUCUGUUGCAACAACACAUGUCAGCUCACGAUCUUCUCUUAGGUAAAAUGAGAAUUUUCACAUCUAAGGAAUUGGAGAGGGCCACUGACAGAUUCAAUGAAAAUCGAAUACUUGGCCGAGGAGGCCAGGGUACAGUUUACAAAGGCAUGCUUUCAGAUGGAAGAAUUGUUGCAGUGAAGAAGUCCAAGCAAGUAGAUAAAAAUCAACAGGAAGAAUUCAUAAAUGAGGUUGUCAUCCUAUCCCAAAUAAAUCAUAGAAAUGUGGUUAAAUUACUAGGAUGUUGUUUGGAGACAGAAGUUCCAUUACUAGUAUAUGAAUUCAUUCCCAAUGGGACCCUAUACGACCUCAUUCAUGACGACAGUACCGGUUUUCCAUUUUCAUGGGAUCUACGGUUGAGAAUCGCUGCAGAGAUAGCCGAUGCCUUAGCUUACCUACAUUAUGCAACUUCAAUUCCCAUAUACCACAGGGAUAUGAAGUCUAACAACAUCCUCUUAGAUGAAAAAUAUAGAGCCAAAUUGUCAGAUUUUGGGAUUUCAAGAUCUGUUGCGAUAGAUCAGACUCACUUAACCACCAAGGUUCAAGGGACAUUCGGUUAUCUAGACCCUGAGUACUUCCAAACAAGCCAAUUCACAGAAAAGAGUGAUGUUUACAGCUUUGGCGUUGUUCUUAUCGAACUCUUAACUGGCCAGAAACCAAUAUCUACCAGUGUGACAGAGAAAGAAAAAAGUUUAGUUAUGCGUUUUCUCUUAACCAUGGAAGAGAACCGCCUUCAGACAAUUCUUGAUUCCCGGAUAAUAGAACAAGGUGCUAAGGAAGAGCAUCUUGCUGUUGCCAAUCUGGCAAGGAGAUGUCUGAACUUUUCUGGGAAGAAAAGGCCAACUAUAAGAGAAGUGGCUACGGAGUUGGAGAGUAUCAGACCAUGUGAAAAUCCAUCUUGUAUUGAAUCCAACACUCCAGAUAUAAGCUUCACAGAAGCAGAAUCCUUUCGGUUCCGGGAUGAUGGAUCCUUGUGGACACAAAAUGUUGGCUCAUAGAUUCAACGUCAGCUCUAGAAAAUCUGAUUUACUCAGCUAUUCCAAUAAUUACAAACAGCAUCUAUAAUUACAGAAUUUCAGUAUGGACCACUAAGCAGUUUGGCUAGACUCUGUUGGGAUAGAGUU